AUGUCUUCAGUGAAAUACAGUGGCCUGUCAUGCUCUGACUUCUUCACUUACAUGUCCUCCCGAGUAAAGGUUGUUCAACUUAUGAUACUUGAUAGUAAAAAGGCAGUGUCUUUAUUGAUCCAACAGCGUAUCAUACCUCCUCCUGAAGUUGUGGGACAAUUUAUGGGUGCCAUUAAGAAGUGUGAUAGCAAAUAUUUCUUACAUUUAUACUUGCAUUCUCUAUUUGUAGUUGACCCUAAUGCGGGAAGGGAGUUCCAUGAUUUGCAGGUAGAGCUUUAUGUGGAUUACGAACCACGGAUGCCGCUUCCAUUUCUUAGUCUUAGUGAACAUUAUAGGCUUGACAAGGCAUAUGAUAUUUGUGUGAAGAAAGAUCUUCCUAGAGAGCAGGCCUAUCUUCUAGGGAGAAUGGGAAACACAAAAAAAGCCCUUACAGUUAUCAUAGAUAAAUUAGAAGAUAUUGAGGAGGCAGUAGCAAUUGUGUCUAAUCAGCAUGAUGAUGAAUUAUGGGAGGAAUUAAUUAAGCAAUGUCUUCGCAAGCCUGAAAUGGUAGGAAUGUUGUUGGAACACACUAUUGGCAAUUUGGAUCCUCUAUAUAUAGUCAGUCGUGUGCCAAAUGGAGUUCAGAUACCUAGGCUAAGAGAUCGCCUUGUCAAAAUCAUCACGAAUUAUCGGACAGAAACUUCUCUGAGACACGGAUGCAAUGAUAUUCUCAAGGCCGACUGUGUUAACCUUUUGAUGAAGUACUACAAAGAGGCCAGACAUGCAAUUUAUUUGAGCAGCAUAGAAGAAGAAACCCUAAGAAGAAGGGAAGAUAACACUUCGAAUAAUGAGAUGGCAAUAAUGCCAACUUCAAGAACGAUGGAUGUUAAGUCCAAAACAAGGGGUGGUGCUAGAUGUUGCUUGUGCUUUGAUCCUUUCUCCCUUCAAAACCUUUCGGUCAUUAUUUUCUUUUGUUGCCAUGCUUUUCAUGUUAGUUGCCUGCUGGGUGGCGCGGAUAGUAUUGAUAUAGGAAGUGAAGAUAUAAUGCAUAUUGGUGAUGAUGGUGAUGAUAGUGAUGAGGAUGGCAACUCUGGUGGGUCUUGGAUGCGCUGUGUGUUGUGCACUACCACCAGUGGGUGAGCUUGACUGUAUUUAAUAGUUUUGAUUUUUUUUUUAAAUAAACUUUUUCUGAUAUAUUUUGGUAAUUUUGUGGUCAACUGGGUUCAUGUUUUGUCGUGGAAUAUAUGUGUAAUAUCUUUUGAUGUUUAUUUUUAUGCUCAACUGGGUUCAUGUAUUCUUGUUGAGCCGCUGAUUGCCGUGACUUUCGACCUUUUUGGGUGUUGAAUAUAUUUUUUUCAUUUUUAAAAGUGGUUAUGGA